ACUGGCGUCGAUAUAGAAAGGCGUUUUUUUUUGUGGGUGGUGGGGCAAACGUCGUGGAGAUUGCCGCAAACGAGGGCGUCUCGCUCCACCGACGGGCUUUUUUUAUUUGUUGCGCACAGAAGGAAUUCGGCGUCUCGGCACCGUUACGUGCCGUCCAGUAGUUCACCUAUAUCCAAGAGUGAUUAGGCUUGUGUUUAUGUCUUUGUUUUGUGAAAACGAGCUGUUGCGCAGCCAUUGGUACCUGUGUCGGGGAAACCUAACCAACAAACGGGGGACUUGCAGCCUGAGUGGCGCAAACUUUUUCAUGUCAGAGACCGAGUACACUUGCAAUUGUUUAUGUCAUCCAUUCUUCUUCAGACAGAAGAUACCAAAAAAUUCCAUUCAAAGAUCUUUUCACUUUACUCAUAAAUCUAAUAGUAAACCAGAAUGGCUGUCAACGUCAACCGCAGUGUGUCUGACCAAUUCUAUCGGUACAAAAUGCCCCGUCUGAUUGCUAAGGUCGAGGGCAAAGGGAAUGGUAUAAAGACAGUAAUAGUCAACAUGGUUGAUGUUGCCAAGGCGCUUAAUCGGCCUCCAACGUAUCCCACCAAGUUUUUUGGUUGUGAGCUGGGAGCUCAGACCCAGUUUGAUUCAAAGAAUGACCGUUAUAUUGUGAAUGGAUCUCAUGAGGCGAAUAAGCUGCAAGACAUGCUGGAUGGAUUCAUUAGGAAAUUUGUCCUUUGUAAUGAGUGUGAGAAUCCUGAAACUGACCUGCAUGUUAAUCCAAAGAAACAAACUAUUGGUAUUUCCUGUAAAGCCUGUGGAUACCGAGGCAUGCUUGACACACGCCACAAGCUCUGCACGUUCAUUCUUAAAAAUCCACCUGAAAAUGGAGAUGGUGGCUCAGCCAAGAAAGAGAAGAAAACCAAAAAGGGCAAAGACAAGGAGAAUGGAUCAGUACCUAAUUCAGAAUCAUCCACCCACAAUGAGUUUGAUGCACCAGAUGCAGUGGAUGGUGAAGAUGAUGACGAUGAUUGGUGUGAAGAAACUACAGAGGAAGCCCAGAGGCGUCGAAUGGGUGAAAUCAGUGAGCAUGCCAAAAACUUGACACUCAGUGAUGAUCUGGGAAAAACUUUAGAGGAAAGAGUGAACUUAUUCUACAACUUUGUCAAGAAAAAGAAGGAAGAGGGCAUUAUUGAUUCUGCUGAUAAAGAUCUUCGAUCAGAAGCUGAAAGACUGGAUGUAAUAGCAAUGGGCCCUCUCAUACUAAGUGAGCUGCUUUUUGAUGAGAACAUACGAGAUCAGAUCAAGAAAUAUAAACGGCACUUUCUACGUUUCUGCCAUGGUAAUAAAAAAGCUCAGAAGUAUUUACUCGGUGGCUUUGAGUGUCUGGUGAAAAUACAUCGGGACCAACUGCUGCCCAGAGUUCCACAUGUAUUGAAGCAGCUUUAUGAUGCUGAUCUCUUGGAAGAAGAGGUUAUUCUUGCCUGGGCUGAGAAAGUAUCGAAGAAGUAUGUCCCCAAAGAACUUGCCAAAGAGAUACAUGCGAAGGCAGAUCCGUUUAUUAAGUGGCUAAAAGAAGCUGAAGAGGAAUCUGAAGAAGAAGAGGAGGAGGAAUCUGAAGAAGAGAAAGAUGUGGAGGUGGUUUACGAUAGCUCUGCAAGAGAACUGAAAGUGGAAACUGUGAAACCCAUUAAGACAAAAGAGGAAGAGGAUAUAGAUAUUGAUGCUAUUUGAUGUAUUCUUGCAGGGGACAAAAUCGACCCAUAAAUCUUGCAGCAGAGCAGUCAGUAAUGAAGAAUUUCCUGUGUUUAAAUGGCAGUUACUGAAUUUGGACUCUGCUAGUCAAAAUCUCCAAUAUGACUCCAGUAACACUUCACUAUCGCCUCCCUACCAGUUAGGAACUGACAGCAUGUCCAAAGUCUAAAUGGUAGAAUGGUCCUGCAAAGUUUUUUUUUUAUUUGUCUAUACACUUUCUCUUGUUGCUAUUGGGUAACACUUCAGCAUUUACUGCAUUUCUACAGGGAUGUAAGUUACAAAUUAAAGGGGUUUGUGUUCUGCAUACCAGCACCUGGGUUUUUAUUCAGUAUAUGAGUAUAACUUGUCAAACAAGUUUCAGGUUUUAAUUCCCUAUUAAAAUCUGAACUGGUUCACUGGAUAUGGAGGCUAUUGCUUCAACUGCCUAACUAUAUGUAAGAUUAUACUGCUAUUGAGUUGAGUGCUUCAUGAUUUAAGCUGUUUCUAGUGAGGUAAGAUAACAGUCCACUUAAUUACACAUUUUCCUGUGCAAUAUAUUUGUCUUUUGGAUGAUGGGUGAACUUUUUUGCAGAGCCUGAGUGCUCUCGCCCACUGAACAGACCUGUGUAUGUGUUUAACAGUCCUGUUUAGUCAUCGAAACUCAGAAUUUGCUGCUUUUUUUUUGUGGGUGCAAUAGCUGGUAUUAAUGCACAUGGUAUGACAAUGGAAUUACUUAUUGCUUGGUAGAAGUGAAGGUUUUCACUUACACUUGCAAUUUAAAUGCAUGUUUUAUUUUGGCAGUUUUUUCUAAUGUUUGGUAGUUCAAUUACUUAGUCUUGAAAGUAUAAAAAUUUAAGAUUUAAAAUCUUGGAUACUUUGAAUCUUUGGCCACUCCGGAUUUCAUUUGAGUAAAGCCUCUCCUGAUCCAGAACAACUUUGAAUUUCCAUCUAGUCUUGUUGACCUUCUCUACUUGAAUUGGGUCUGAGAUUUGACUUUUGGGGUCUAGCAUUCCUAUAACAUGAUAGCAAAAACUUCAAGGGGAAGAUGGUGAAUUUAUCCUGAUCUGGGGUUUGCUUUAUAUGUGCCUUUUGAUCUUCAAAGUUUGUGUACAGACUUUUAAGGAAAAAAAAUCUAGAUUAGGCACCCAAUUGUGAAAGGUAGCCAUUGUUUUGAGAAUAUGUACAUAACUGCAAAAUUGACUUAAAUUUGCUCAGUCUACCAUCAACUGUUGCACAUCACUUGUUCACCCAUCAUUCUAGUUGUAAUUGACCUACAUUGAAAAAAAUCUUUAAAUAUUUGCUACUUAAGUAUUAACUAGUCACAGUAGUGCCAGUGUUUUUUUAAAAGUCUCAGAUCUUCAGUCAAGAUGUGACAGACCAAAUUUUUCAGUUUUCAAUUUUGUGGUUUGCAUUAAAGCAUGGUAUGACAAGCUGGACAAAAGAUAACUGAAAUUUACAUCUUUUGGAUGCAGGACUGCUACUGUUUCAUAUAUUUGCACCCUGCUGAUAAGGAAUAACAUUUUGAGCCAUACCACAUUCUUUGAAUUAGUGUUGCUUUUUUAACGGUAUUGAAAUCCUUUCUCAAAGUCAAGUUUGCAGAGUUUCUUUUGAUUUCUGGGCUGUGAAUAAAUCCUCACUUACUGAGAGCCUCUGAUUUCAAUUAGUUUUCUUACUGCUUUUUUUCCCUAUACACUGGACCAGGCCAGCAACAAAGACCUUGUUUUUUCUGAAUAUUCAAAUAAAGUCAGUGCCUUUCCAAGAGAACGAAUCCUUAAAGUCGACAUGGUAUAGGAUUGUGGUAAGAUGGUAUGUUGUGAAGUGUUUUAUAUUGAAACAAUCAAGGCUCAACAGCUUUUAGAUUUUCUGAUAUACAAUUUGCUGAUUCUCAACCUGGCCUCCAUUCUUGACUUCAAGUCAUUGGCAUCUAAAAGAUGAACCAUAGAGCAUGAGUUCAAAACCAAUUGAAAUCUGAUCAGCUCUAUUUUGUAGAAACCUAUUGCAUGUGAAUAAAGUUAGAUUAGCUUUUAUGUAAGCUA